UCGACCAAUCAGAGGGAAGGUGCCUGCGUUCAUUCGAGUCUGCGACGUAUACAUUUCGGAAUGCACAAACGGUGGCCCAGUGAAAAGAUGGUGUUCUGAAUGCUCGAGACAUUCGUUCCGUGGUCGUUCCUAGCCGACGAACCGUGGUUGCCAGCCAUAUUGUUUUACCGCAGUGUUUGUUUUGGUGCAGCCUUGUUAGACUACGACGGAAUCCGAGGAGAUCGGCACGAAGAAAGCUAGAACAACCGGAGUGCACUCGAAGAAACGGUUCAGGCGGUACGCGUACACGGUGGUUUUGCUGUAUUUUUCGGCAUAAUCAUUCGUUGCUCGCGGGCUAAACCCAUAAUAAUCUGUGGGUGUCAGUCGUGAGCCAGGACGGUGAACGGCAGAAAUGGCCUGCGCCACUUUAAAGAGAUCUUUGGAGUUCGACCCGGUGCAUAGUCAUGGUCGUCCUAGUAAACGACGAAGAUGCGUGCCGAUGUGUGUUUCGCCCGGUACAUCGACGCAAGCCAACUCUAGGCCACAGAAUCCUUCGCCCUUCGGCGAAGUAACCCACAAACUGACGCCUGAAAAAAUGGCUGCGAAUAUAAGAGAAGAAAUUCGGAGACUGCAUCGACGCAAACAAUUACAUUUUAGUCCUCAAAACAAUAAUGGUGACUCUUCAGACAUGGAAGGUCCUGCUAGCCCUUCAAGCCCAUCUGCAUGCGGUUCAAAUUCAUAUAGUUAUAGUCCUAGCGGAAAGGAAAAACCCUUAUUUACUUUCAGACAGGUUGGUUUGAUCUGUGAGAGAAUGCUUAAGGAACAAGAAACACAGAUCCGAGAAGAAUAUGAUCAGAUUCUAAAUAUGAAGCUAUCUGAGCAAUAUGAUGCUUUUGUUAAAUUCACAUAUGAUCAGAUACAAAAGAGAUUUGAAUCUGCAGCUGCGCCAAGUUAUCUAUCCUAAAACAAGAUUCUUAUUUAUAAGAACAUGUUUCUGUGAAGAAUAUUAGAUUUCUACUGUGUGAGACAAAUUUUGCUUGAAGUUUAAAUUGAGGUAAGCAGCACCACCUCGUUCAAGAAAAUGUCUUUAAGAAAAUUCAUAUUAUAAUUUACAUCUAAAAAAAUCUGUCUGGUAAAAAAG